AUGGUGGAUUUCAACAGCGAUGAUUUCAUGGACAGAUUGCGUGAAGCCUUAAGGAGCGUCAAUCCGGGAGAUGAACGAUGGAGGUCUAGAAGGGGUGAACCACGUCCAAACGCGGAUGAAUUCAAAAUCACCGAGCUACCUGAAUUCAAUGGCAGUGCAGACCCGGAGGUUUAUUUGGAAUGGGAGCGCAAGAUCGAUAGAAUGUUUGACUUCAAGGAUCUUGACGAUGAGAAGCGUUGUAAGUAUGCUAUUCUGAAACUUAGCAAAAGUGCAUCGUUGUGGUAUGAGGGCUUGAAGGCUCGAAGAAUACGAGAUAGGAAGGAGAAAAUCAGUUCUUGGGAGUCCUUGAAAAGAAAGUUGCGCAAAAGGUAUGUGCCAUCGAACCACAGAUUGAACUUGUAUAAGAAGAUUUCAGAUUUAGUACAAGGUAAAAUGAGUGUUACUGAGUACAUUGAUGAAUUCGAAAACCUAUGUUUAAUGGGUGAGUUGGAGGAAAAUGAAGAGCAAAGAAUG